UGUUCGACACUUGCCUAAAGGCAGUCUGAUUGGCACCUCUCUGCCAGUCGCGCGUUGUUUGUUGACAUAGUACCACCUGCGAUAGUAAAAGUGGACAUCAAUGUUAUCACUAAGACGGAAAUCUUGAAGACGGAGGUUAAUAACCGAUACGAGCUACAAUGGCGGACACUACUACGAACCCAUCAAUACAGUUUAAUGAAAGUGAAAUCACUUCGACAGAUACGGCCCCAGGGGAAGAGCUUUCGAUUACAGAAAGUGUUCGUAACGUGAUGGACGCUAAGCAGCCACUUCACAAUGAAUCUCAAGAUACUCUACCAGUGUUUGAAGCUUUUAUUAUAAUUGAAAUAGUUAUGACAGCUUUAGAGUUAAUUAUUUGGGGGGUAGCGGCUCUUAAAAUGCAAAGAUGGCGAAAAAACUACAGAAAUCAGAUGUUAUUGCAGCUAAGUGUCGUGCGCUUCUUGAAGAGGUUGGUGUUCCUGAUCGUGUUCAUGAGGGAGAAGAACCUCGUCCCGGACACUGAGGGGUCGAAAGCGGUGAUGUUCAGUUUUGGAAUUUAUGUUGACUUUGUGAUAGUGAUAUUGGUGUUUUUCUUUAUAAAGCACAUGUAUGACAGUUUGAUAGUGGUGAUGGUGAAGAUCAGUGAGAACAGUUUGUGGAAGAUGCUGACGUGCGCGUGGCUGGUGCCGGUGCCUAUCAGCUGCGUGUGCUCGGGCGUGGUGGCGGCGGGCGUGGACCAGUGGCUCGUGCAGCUGCUCAUCUGCUGCCUGGUGCAGUGGCCGCUCAUGCUCCUCGGAACCAUCCUCUACCUAACAAUCUUAUACCGAGUCCUAAAAGACAAGAUAAGAAAAUUCGCCAGAAGCUUAACUGUUAUCACCUUCUUGCUGUGCUUAGUCAUCAACUUUUAUUUGUUCUCAAAUGACAUCAUCAAACUAUUUUGUCUACACUCAUUCUUGACUCUACUAAUUAGUUACGUAUCAGGGUUUCUAAUGAACUUCCUUAUACUUUUAUUGUAUAUUAUCCUAAUUAUAAUGAAUUUCAGGUCUAAGUCCUCCGAAUCUGUACGUAAUCACAGUAUUUCUAUUGAUAAAUGACAAAGUGCAGCUAAAAUUUAGAAUAGGAAACUAACAGAACUGAAUUGUAUAAAUUUAAUUAAGUACAUUAUAAUUAUAACUUAAAGGUAUUUGUACAUAAUCAUAUGUGUUUUAGCAUAUAAAUUAAAUGGUGUAGAACCCAUGUUGAAUGUUUAUUAUUGCGAAAACUUUUAUACCUAAGAAAAAUAUUUCUUCAUAGACUACGA